AUUAGCUUCAGACAGAGAGCACAGAAGUCAAAGUUAGCAUUGGGAGCUAAACAAUACGCGUUCAUUGAUUAAUUGCGAGUAAUAAUUUAAAUGAAGCGUUCAUGAGCUACAAUGUAAUGCUUGUUUGACACCUCCGACACAGUUACCAAUUGUGCACACGGUUAAGAAAAGCUGGUCAGCUGUGAAUACAAACGAUAUCUUCAUUCCUCUGUAUGCCAGCGUCCCCUCCAGCUAGACGAGGACAAGGACUCUCAUCGCUUUCCCCAUGAGUAAUGAACCCUUUCUGGAGUAUGUCUACAAAUACUGGUCGUAAGAGGUCCGACAGCGAGGAGCAGAGUGGGCAGGGAGAGCACAGAGCCAGCCCGGCCCGGCCUCCGUUUGGAAAGAAGCAGCUCCCCUCCAUCCCCAAGAACACAGUCCCCGUCACGAAGCCCCCAUCCCCGGCCACCUCCGCGCAGUCUGCCAACGGCACGCAUGCCUCCUACGGGCCUUUCUACCUGGAGUACUCGUUACUGGCAGAGUUCACACUUGUGAUCAAGCAGAAACUUCCAGGCAUUUAUGUGCAGCCUUCCUACAGAUCAGCCUUGAUGUGGUUUGGAGUCAUAUUCAUUAGGCACGGAUUGUACCAAGAUGGAGUUUUUAAGUUCACCGUCUACAUCCCUGAUAACUACCCUGAUGGAGACUGCCCAAGGGUGGUGUUUGAUAUUCCAGUCUUCCAUCCACUAGUGGAUCCUGAAUCAGGGGAGCUUGAUGUCCGAAGAGCAUUCACAAAAUGGAGGCGCAAUCACAACCACAUUUGGCAGGUCCUGAUGUAUGCACGCACAGUCUUCUACAAGAUCAACACCAUGGAGCCGCUUAACCCAGAAGCCGCCGUUCUGUAUGACAAGGAUGUGCAGCUCUUCAAAAGCAAGGUGGUGGAAAGCGUAAAGCUGUGCAACAGCCACCUCUUUGACAAGCCCAAGAUCGAUGAUCCUUACGCAAUAAGUUUCUCCCCAUGGAACCCAACAGUCCACGAGGAGGCGAAGGAGAGGAUGUUCACACAUAAAAGACGACCUGAGGAUCACCACAAGGGCCUACAGGUGUCCGGCCUGUCAUGGGUGAAGCCUGGAUCCACGCAACCCUUCAGCAAAGAGGACAGCACUCUUCAGACUUAAGCCUGCAGUUGCCUCAUCUGGCCACUAGAGGGAACGGCAAAGCAUGAGGGAUCGUGUUGGAUCAACUUGUGCUGCUGGGAACGUUGCCCUUUUUUUGAAGCAAUUGUAUGGACUUCAUUUUCAUUUGCGAAAACACCCUUGCUCAGCUUUAAAAAGAUACACGUACAACAACAAACAAAUGUACUCUAGACAUCUGCUGAAACUGCUUUAGAACUAAAAUGAGCGCCUGCAUUUGCGUAUGUAGAUCAACUAUGACAAAACUGGAUGUCUUAGCAACACCAAGGCUGGAAAGCAAUCAAACUGCAUAGAGCUUGUACCUUAGAGUAGAUCGUUUUUGUUACUUGCACAUAUUUGGGUUGCACAUGUUUUUGUUGUUGUCGUCGUUUGUUACUUUGAUUUCAGAAGCAACAGACCACCUCACCUUCAGUGUAAGUGACAUGAUGUCAGCUACUCAAUCACAAAUGAACGUAACAAAACGAUGAACCUAGUUCAUUAUAAACACAUUAAGAAUGUUCUGAAGGGCUCAGGAUUGACACAAGAGGUAUUGAUAUAGCAGUUUGGACUUGGUGAGCUUAAAGCUUUUUAGUUGUCCCCCACCCCAUUUGUCCUCUCCAAAUUUAGUUAGGAUCUUCCCUAUGAAGUUGCUUUGAAAUGGGACUUUCAAAUCGGAAAUAAUGGGAAAACUCUUUUUCUUUUAUUUUUUUUAUUUUUAUUUCAUCCAUACUGUGUAAAACUAUACUGUGUAUUAAAUAGGUUUUAAUAUAUGACUCAGAUCAAGCAAACCAUUUUAAGAAAAUAAGUUAUAUAUGAUCAUUUAUUGUUCAGCAUUGUAAUUCUCUUUGAAUGUGUCUCUUGAUCUUAAUUAAAUGGUUGAAGGGUUUUUGAUGUGUAAAUAUAGCAGCUCUUGUAUGGAAGUGGCUAACCUCAUUAGAGGUAGUGAUUCUAUCUGAGAACCUUGUCUUUAGGAUGUGUUUUGUUUUUGUUUUGUUUGUUUAUUUUCUUCUCCACACUACAUCUUGAGCUUUGUUUUCUUUCAGCUCACCCGUUCCAUUUUGUUGCUUUCCUAUAUGAUUUGACACAACAGACUUUUGAAAGGCUGUGCAGUGGAGAACGGUUUGAGUUUUUAAAAAUGCUAUUCUCUGAAGGCAAAUAAAACAUUUUAAGCCAC